CAUCAACACUACUCACCACCAAAAACUCCCGGAUCUUGCCCUCUAAGCUAGGCAACCAACUCUCCCUCGACAAUCUGUUUUCCACAGCUCGACGAGUGUUCACGAAGUACUUCAGUCACCGAAGUACAGUCCUCAUUCAACGCCACAUCUAAUACACUUCGUGCAAAUCAAACACCGCCAAUACAAUGUCUGUCGACGCUGCCACUACCCAAAUGGCAAACACCACCCUCAACGAGCCAAGCGCCAGUGCUGAAGGCGCCAACGUCGGCCAAGGCGGCGACAAGCCCAUCAACGCUUCGCAGAACGAGGCCGUCAUCGCCAGCGCCGCUGAGGGUCGGAGACUUUACAUUGGAAACCUCGCGUAUGCGACCACCGAGGGAGAGUUGAAGGAGUUCUUCAAGGACUACCUUGUCGAAACCACAUCUAUCCCAACCAACCCACGCACUACUCGCCCAGUUGGCUACGCCUUCGUUGACGUAUCCACGCCUUCCGAGGCCGAGCGUGCUAUUAACGACUUGAACGGGAAGACCAUCCUCGACCGCAAGGUCUCCGUUCAGCUCGCCCGCAAGCCUGAACCAGCCGCCGAGAAGGCUUCUCCAGCUGCAGAGAACGCAGAGGGCGGCGAUGGUCAGCAGCGCCGCCGCAAUUCUACCCGAGGCCGUGGCCGCGGACGUGGACGUGCUGGUCGCGCCGCUCGCGGUGGCCGCGGUGGCAAGCGUGAGACCAACGGAGAGGCUGGUGCUGAGGAGGCUACCAUCAAUGGGGCUCCAACCAACGUCCCAGGCCAGGUCAAUCCUCUCACAUCCACCACCAACGAGGCUCUCAGCGCUCAGCCAGGUGAGGCUGGAAGCAUCACAUUAGACCCAAGCAAGGACGGAAAGAACAAUGCAACCCGCCCACGCAAGCAGCGAGGUCCACCAGAGGACGGUGUCCCGAGCAAGACGAAGAUCAUGGUCGCCAAUUUGCCAUACGAUCUUCGUGAGGAGAAGCUGCUCGAGAUCUUCGCCGACUACUCGCCGACUUCCGCCAAGAUUGCGCUUCGACCGAUUCCUAAGUUCAUGGUCCGCAAGCUCCAAGCCCGCAACGAGCCACGCAAGGGCCGCGGCUUCGGCUUCGUUACACUCGCUAGUGAAGAGCUGCAACAGAAGGCGUGCAGCGACAUGAACGGCAAGGAGAUCGAGGGUCGCGAGAUCGCCGUUAAGGUCGCGAUUGAUAGUCCAGGAAAGGAGGACGAGGAUCCAAAUGCCCCAAUCGAGGGUGAGGCCGAAACCGAUGCUCACCCUUCGACCGCCGAGGGCUCUGCCAACGUGAACACUGCCACCGCAUAAGUAAUCUGUCCUCGACAUUACCCCCAUGCCAUCCGGCUCUUCACUCUACUCUCCGAUUACAAAGGCAGCCAAUUGGCUUAUCUGGCAUGGGCAAAGGCGUGCAGCAUUCAGAAUGAUCGGGUUGCGUUGCGGUACUGAGUGGUAGGCAAGUACAAACCAAUGAGAACAUAUAUCUCGAGUUGCAUUGUGCGUUACCAUUCAACAAACUGUAUUCGAUGUAGUUUACGUAGAUCCAAAAGAAUUGAUGAGAAUCGGGCAAUUUCAG